GAGAAGAAAGGGGAGAGGAGGAAAACGGUGAAAGGCACAUACAACAGAGACGGGGGGGGAGAACGGUGGAUGAUUUUCGCUUUUAAAGUCGAAUUACAGCUACUUGAAGGGUUGCGGCGAAGAAGAACGGAACAAAAUGAUAACGCCUUACUUCCUAGAAAAUUUCUGGGGAGAAAAAAACAAUGGCUUUGAUGUGCUCUACCAUAACAUGAAGCAUGGGCAGAUUUCCUCCAAGGAGCUGACAGACUUCAUCAGAGAAAGGAGUACCAUAGAAGAGGCCUAUGCCAGGUCCAUGACCAAACUCGCCAAGUCAGCUGGCAACUUCUCUCAGCUUGGGACCUUUGCGCCAAUGUGGGAUACCUUCAAAAGCUCAACGGAGAAACUGGCCGGUUGUCACUUGGACCUAGUAAAGAAGCUACAAGAUCUUAUAAAAGAUGUGCAGAAGUAUGUGGAAGAACAGGCCAAAGCACAUAAGAAGACAAAAGAAGAAGUGGCACCAACCCUGGAAGCCGUCCAGAACAUCCAGUCCAUCUCUCAGGCUCUUCAGAAGUCCAAGGAGAACUACAAUGCCAAAACUGUGGAGCAGGAGCGCCUCCGCAAAGAGGGGGCCACCCAGAGAGAUGUGGACAAGGCUGGAGUGAAAGCCAAAAAAGCCACAGAGACCUACAAGUCAUAUGUGGAGAAAUAUGCUACAGCCAAGUCUGAGUUUGAGCUGAAGAUGGCAGAAACUGCACAGAGAUUCCAAGACAUUGAGGAAAACCAUAUUCUCCACAUGAAGGAGAUUAUUCGGUCGUACUCUCAGUCUGUGGAGGAAACGCACGUUCAGAUAGGAGAGGUGCACAAUGAAUUUGUGAGGAACAUUGAGAACACUUCAGAGGAGAGCUUAAUACAAAAACUGUCCGAGAGCAAAGGAACGGGCAAGGAGAGGCCAGGACCCAUCGAAUUUGAGGAAUGCAACACAGCCAUUGCAACAGAAGGUGCAAAACCCAGAAAGAGGAAAACAUUUGGCAUUCCCGGCCGCAGGAAAGACAAGGACACCGACUCUACUGAGUCGACAGAAGUCGAAGCUGCUAACACUGCCAACGGUGCUCCCCCAGGAUAUUAUGGCUCCAUAGACAUCCAGAACGCUAAUGUUCCUCAAGUUGAUGCCGAGGGCUUCUGUAUCAGACCAGAAGUCAAUGAAAAUGAUCCCAAAGACAAUUCCUUCUAUUCGUCCAGCGAUUCCGAGGACGAAGACGAGCCCAGGAAGUUCCAUGUGCAGAUCAAGCCCGUUCAGCCGAACAACGGCACGCAUCAGAACCGAGCGAACAUCGACGAGCUGAAAGCCUCCAUCGGAAACAUCAUCCUGUCGCCUUCAACCUCGGGGCAAAUGCGGCGGAACCAGUCCAAUGAUGAGCUAGUAAAACCCAGAGGGUCAACGCCAUUUGACUCUGGCAGGCUGAGUAACAACGACCUUCUGUCUCUGGAUCCGUUGAGCUCUGCUUCAGGAGUGGGAUCCUCCUCCUCUGUGUCAUCCACAGCAGUGGACACUGUGCUGCAAAAGGGCCACUUUACCCCAGUGGCAGAGCGCCAGCAGUCCAAAGAUGUCUCGUCUUUCUCAUCAUCCACCACCUCUCCCUGGGAUUCCCCCGAAAACACUUCCCAAGCACUGAAGCCCGCACCGUUGAGGGCCCAGAGUGCCCCCAUCACCCAGCCCAAUGAGCAAAUCGACCCCAUCAAAAGCCCCACCACUGCCUGUACCCCAAACACCCCUAAGUCUGUUGAUGGCUUCUCUUCAAUACCUUGGUCCCAGAGCCAGUGGAUUGCUUUCGGGGAUAACUGCGCUCCGCCUUGCCAUCAUGGCUCAGGUUCUUCUGUAGCAGAGGUCCAGAGGGUGCAGGCAGGCUUUGGCAGGUCAAGACGUGUCCUGUCGGAUGACUCUGCAGACGCCUCCUGCAAAACAACAGCUGCAGCAGUCAGAGAGGACAGCAGGGUCUGUUUCACUGAUGUCUUCUCUGAUAGGACAGUAGCAGCAGCCACAGCAAGCACAAUAUUUAAUGUGCCAGUCCCAAACAGACCUACAACACCUCUGACAGCUGGAGCCCUUGUCCCACCGCCACGUCCCUCCUCUAGACCCAAACUUCCCACUGGAAAACUCACGGGAAUCAAUGAAAUUGUACGGCCUUUCAGCCCACCCAAAGCAUCCAAUGCCAGCCCCCCUCUGACGGCACCACUUGCCCGGGCGGAGAGUUCCUCCUCUUUGUCUUCCAACACCUCACACAGUGCCGGAAACACUCCCACCGUCGGAGCUGAGAAAGCUUUUGCUCAUCCCCUCUCCUACUCAGGGUCAGACCUCAGCACCUUUUCUCCUCAUGUCCUUCUAAACCAGAAGGACGAUGGGUUCAUAGACAAGCUGCCUGCCUUUGAGAAGCGCUGUGAAACACCAGCAGGGACGUCUCGCGGUCCGAGCCCUGUGACCCUGGCAUCCCAGGAUGCUUUGCCCAUUGCCGUGGCCUUCACAGAAACAGUUAAUGCUUACUUCAAAGGAGCUGAUCCUGCCAAGUGCAUUGUAAAGAUCACAGGAGACAUGACACUGUCGUUCCCCAUGGGCAUCAUCAAGGUGUUCACCACCAACCCCACCCCAGCCGUCCUCAGCUUCAAGCUGAAAAACACCAGCAGGCUGGAGCAGAUCCUGCCCAAUCAACAGCUCUUAUACAGUGAUCCUUCCCAAAGCGACUCGAAUUUCAAGGACUUCUGGUUCAACAUGCAAGCCCUGACAUCCUACCUCAGAAAAGCCUCCGAGCAGAAUCCCUCAGCUUCCUACUAUAAUGUGGACAUCUUAAAGUACCAGGUGCUGUCUGAUGGGAUCCAUUCAACUCCUCUUAACCUGGCUGUGUACUGGAAGUGUGCACCGAGCACAACAGACCUGCGGCUAGACUACCGCUACAACCCAGAGUCCAUGGACUCGCCUGGCCCACUCACCAACAUACAGGUCCUGCUUCCUGUUGACGGAGGAGUCACCAACAUACAGUCUCUACCCAACUCCAUAUGGAACUCAGAGCAGAAUAAGUGUCUUUGGAAGCUGAGUGACAUCUCAGAAAAGUCGGAAAAUGAAGGCGCUGGCUCUCUGAGGGCCAAGUUUGAACUCUCGAAUGGCCCUUCAAACCCUUCCACUUUGGCGGUGCAGUUCAUGAACGAGGGCAGCACCCUGUCAGGAGUCGACAUGGAUCUGCAGGGGACUGGAUACAGACUUUCUCUCAACAAGAAGAGAUUUGCCACAGGUCGUUAUAUGGCAGACUGCUGAGGUGAGCCACACCUCUGCUUCCCGAUCAAAAGAAGAAUCGAAGCAUCCUGGUUCACCGGAGGACUUCUGCCCCCGGUUUCACGCAGGAAGCGAGAAUCUCACUACAAUAAAACAGCACUGAGUAAUGAACACUGUUGAUAAAAAUGAAACUGAGAUGAGAUUUCAGAAAAUGUGCAGAUAUGAAGUCUAAUAAUGCUUUCUUAUCAAUUCAGUUAUGUACAGAGACAUUUUAUUAAUUAGCCAUAAAUUUAUAUUUGAAAUUCUGAAGAAGAAAAAGAAAAAAAAAAACAUGCACUAACAACUUUUCCAGAAGCUCUUUACCCUCUUGUACUCAUUUCUAAGAGCCUAAAAAGAAUAUGAAAUCAUUUUUUGUGUGUGGAUGAGUAGAAAAGCUCUCAGCGAACUGUAAAUAAUAACUCAGACUCAGCCUUUAAAUCUGCUGUCCUUUAUUGAUGUUUCUGUGUUUUUAAACGUGCAAUGAAGGUCGAAUCUGCCUUUAACAGGUCUCUCACACUUGUGGCACAAGCUUAAUCUUAAACAAACUGUUGCAAAAAACAAAAACAGCAACCUCAGUGCCUCGUCUUGUACUGUAGAACAGAAGGCAUAGAAGCUGAAAACUGCAUAUGUGCAUUUCCAAACUUGAGCUCUGUUUUGCUGGAGUGGUUCCAACAAUUGCCUCUAGCAGGGUUUCUAAACACUGCAGUCUUUUUAAAAUGGAUCCUGUUCGCAUUUUGAUAAACCCUCAAGUGCUGACGUGUAUGAAAACAUGUCUCCACCUCAUCUGUAAAAGACUGUGGCAAAUGUUAGAUACUGGAACACAAAAAUCCAGGGACAUUGAACCAAACUGAAGUUGCAGCUUUGAAUGAGAAAUGUGCCUGAUUCUUAACGCUUCUGUUUUGUUUUGUGUUUCUACUUGUUUUGUAUACUGCAGCACAGUUAAUGAGAAAAGCACCAACAUUGUGCCAGGUGUGUUAUUUACCCCUUUAUUUGGAUGCUGAAGGGAAAAUGUUGCCUCGUUUUAUUCCCAGCUGUCUUCCAGAAACAAGUGAGUCUGCGUAGCUCUCCUUGAUUGAGAAAAUAAAACAACUUUAUUUUGUUCUCUAUGAAGUGUCAGUCCCACAGUGUCACCAUGUUUCAAAUGUUAGCAAACAGGGCUAAAAUAACGAUUUAAAUUCAUUACUGCGACUCCUGAGCGCUGACUGAUCUAGUGUUGUUGACUCCGGGAAGAAACUGUGACACCAUACUGCCAUUAAACCUGCGACAGACUGCUAGUCUGUCCCGCCUGUCGCCUAUGAGCAGGUCCAGAAGGAACAAAAGUAGCCACGUUUGAUUCUUGGUGCUUUAUUGAAACCUUUUUCUAACAAAGGGCACCUGCUUCAGAGGCUUUUAUUACUUCCUGGUGGAGAAUUUCUAACUAGUGCAGAACAUUUUAUCUGGUUGGGAUCAUCCAUGUGAUUGUCCUCAGCUUUGGUAGUUUAGUCGUUGACAAAACUGUGUAUCAUGCAGCUAAUUGACAUCCCAGAUAAAAGGAAUAAACAUGAAACUUUGAAUUUUAUAUUGGCUCAUAGCUCGUGAUUUAUUAGCAUAUCCAUAUUAAAGUGUCUCUAUUUUAAAACCAGUUGUCAGUCAGAUUAUGGACGCCCCGUUUGAGCUCUUUUUUAACUGAAGACUUUCUUGAACCCCUUUCUUGUAUGUAAAUGUACAUUUAGAUUUUGUUGGUCCAAUGUAAAGUUUUGCUACAUAUAAAAAACCAAACAAACUUCAGGCUUUUAGCCUGUUUGGUUAAAUAAAGUCAGCCCCCCCCCCCCCCCCCCCCCCCCCAGGCAUGGCAAAUACAUUUUUUGUAAUGAGCCCACCCGUUCUGAACCUGCAUUAAGGAAUAAGCAAGCUGGUUCUUGCUGUCCCCACAAAACUAUAAGAAAGCAUUUUCUAGGUGUCAUCUUUCAGGCCCCGCCCCCUUCCUUCUCAUCAUUUUUGUAUCAGAGGUCGAAUGAGCAACAUUGUGGAAGUGAUUGUCACAUUUUCAUUAAUAUCUCUGCCAUUUUUGUCUCUGUUUUAUGAUUUCUAAUUGUACCUGUAUUAAAUGUGUAAUAUAUGAAUAUAUACAAAUAUAUGAAAAUGAUGACUUAAAA